AUGAACAUCAUGAAGUCAUUGGAUCACCCGAAGAUUUACUUCAGGUCUUGUGCAUCUCUUUCUAACAUAUUUGAGACAAUUGACCAUGCGAUCAUGGUGGUGGCUUCUGAUUGUCCCCAAGGAGUUCAGGCUGAUGGUGAUGAUGGUGGUGGUAGUGAUGAUGAUGGUGCCUACAGAAGUAGUGAUUUUCAUCACAAUCGGGAUGGUGUUGUUGUGUUUGAAGCUGGGGCAAACAAGAAGAGCAAGGUGAAUAGCUCAAGGAAUGAUAUUGAUGAUCAUGGUGACAUGAAUAUGAAUAGGAUCCUUAGUAAUUAUAAUUUUGGUGAAGCUGAGGCAUUGACUGAUGAAAUGGAAGAACAGUCAGAUGCAGUAUUGUUUGAAUCAUUGAGGAGAUUGCAACAAUGGAGAUAGCAGCUAUUAGAAGGCAUGGAGGCUUAAACGCCUAAAGAAAAAAAGAGUCGCUGGGUUGGGUUGUUGGAUUAGACUCCAGUUUUCUAAUAAUUUAGGCCCUUUUUUUAUUUUUUUUAUUAAAGAUAGGAGACUCGAACUCGCAAUCUCUUAAUUGAGUAUGGAAAGACUAUGCUUUUUUGUGGGCCUGAAUUUAAAAAAAAAAAAUAAACGUGUCA